UAAAUAAUGGGGGUGCAAGAAGCAACCCCCUUAUUCAACCCUAGUUAAAUCUGCACAUCAAAUUUGUCGCAAAGGCUUCGCAAGCAGUAAAUUCUGCGCUUGUCUCGUGGCAGCGGUUGAUAUGCUUUCCUCUGAGUUAAAGCAAAACAGAAACAGUGGUAGCCUGGUGCGAGAUAACAUGGAAACCUGUGAUGGCAGCUACCCUCUCUUUAUGCCAAUGGACGUGUUAACUGAGAUUCUUAUCCAACUCCCUGUGAAAUCGUUGAUACGGCUCGCCUUUGUGUGUAAAUCUUGGUUUCACCUUAUAAGAAGUGACCCACAAUUUGCCUUGAGGCAUUAUCUCACAAAAACUAGACCUUCAUCAUCUACAUUGAUGGACAAUGUUGAUUAUAUUCUUGAUCGCCCCGUUGUGUAUAUUCCAGGGCACGUUGUCACGGGAGUAUGGAGGCAGUGUAUUUACUCCUUAACUGAAAAGAAGACGUUUCGCCAUUUGAAGACACUUGAGUCUCAUCCUACGUUUGCUAAGCAUACAUCUAACUUAUGUCAUGGUCUAAUUUGUGUCAUAGUUUAUCCUCUUGAUAAUGGGCCCAGAAUGCUGCUCUGUAACCCGGGGAUCGGAGAGGUGGUGUCACUCCAACGACCGGAUUGCCGUGAAAUUGUUAAAGUUGGACUGGGAUACGACCCAACAUGUAACAACUACAAGGUAGUGACACUGUCAGCCUCCGAAAAGGGUAGAACCAAAUCUUGGAUAGUGGAUGUGUACUCGGUCAGAGAUGGAUGUUGGCACACUUUACAUGGCAUUGGAUCCCUCGAACACUUUGACUCAUACUCAUUUAAUGGUGAAGCUGUUUUGAAUGCCAAUGGAAGAGUUAUUAAUUGGCUGGGUUUCCAUAAAGAUAUAUUAUCGUUUGACAUCGUAGAUGAGGUUUUUCGUGGGAUAAGCUUGCCGGAAUGUUUAUACUCGGCCAGGUGGCGCAAACAUCAUAUCUUAAAUUCAAGUGGAUGCGAGGCUUGCCUAUGUUGUUCCUCUCUUAAUUCAAUUGGUUUUGAGGCUGGAUGUUUUGAUGACGUCCAAAUUUGGGUACUAAAAAGAGAUGUUGUGCAACAUAAAUUGAUGUGGAAGAAGCAAUUUUCCUUGAAUUUUCCUGCUACAAAUGUGGGGGUUGUUUCUCCUGUAAAUCUUUGGAUGAAUGAAAAUGAACUUUUUCUUCAUGUGCUCAAACCGAAACCCAGUAAAGUAGAGGUGUACCAUUAUGACCGUACUACUAAUGAGCUCAAGCCCACCGGCAGAUUGGGGUGGUUUGAUCCCAUUUGUGGUUAUACAGAGAGUUUAAUCUCUGUCAAGCAACUUGUUUCGUCUUCUUAUCAUCUACACUCUGCUGCAGCUGUUGCUCGAGAUGACGAAAAGAAAGGUCGGGCCUGUGUGAUCCGAGAAGUUGGUACAAAAGAGAAUGAUGUUCAUUGGUCAUACUACCUCCGUCCCUAAAAACUUUGUCUAUCUCGUAAAAAUUUGGACUGAUUUUGAUUAGUACUGUGUAAUACUAUGGAAGUUAUAAUUUUAUAUUUUUAUGAAAGUACUUUUAACAAAGAUUUUUUUCAUAUCAUUUUUAUAUUAGGAAUAAUUUUCAAUAAAAUACAUAGUUUGUUUAAGUUUUAAAGAU